AUGACUACCAAUAUGAAUUUCGGCCCUGAAUGGAUGCGUGAAACUACAUUCCCCAAGCAAGCCGCAGAUAUCACUUUCAAUAAUGAAUUUGCCUCCUCUGCAACUGAAUCAUAUUUAUCUUUCAGUGACAAGUCUCAACAACAAACGGUCAAUCCUUAUAAAUAUUCGAAAGACGUCUUGCUCAGCUUGUUUAAGCCCGAUUUACCUUUACCUGCCGAUUUUAACCAUCACGAAUAUGCGACUAUCGACCAUACCAAUACUCCUAUAGCAUUUGAGGAACUUACUGACUUCGAGAAAAAGCUUCUUUCGGGCCCUGUCCACUCGGAAGCGUCAGCACGUAAAACGCACAGACAUCGUGGAAACGAUUAUUAUUCUUCGAGCCCUCUUCAAAGUCCAGCUGCAGAAAACACGCCCAACACCCCAAGUGGCCGAUUCGCGAAUCGUAAGGGUCGUUCUUCCGACUAUUUUGGGAAGGAACAAUCCUUCAGACGUACUGACAGUGGUGUAGAUUUCCUGAGAAGACGUACUCACACCGAAGAAUCUUCUACCAACCGUGAUAUCAACGAAAGCCUUAGAGAAGCGAAUGCUGACGGUUCUGCAAUGGGAAGCAGUCAUGGGACUUCCGAAAGUAUCGGUGGCGAGCCCACUACGGCUGGCUUUAAGUCGGAUAUUUUGCUGAGCGGUAGCAAUGCUAUACCUGCAGAUAUUAACCAUAUGUUGCCUUCCAGCAGAGCACCUGAGGAAAUUAAAUGGUUUUACCGCGAUUCCGCUGGCCAGGUGCAAGGUCCAUUCGAUGCUCAAGCCAUGCAAAACUGGUACAAGGCAGGUUAUUUUGCUCCUAAUUUAAUGAUUCGUCGUGACGACGAGAAUAUUUUUGAACCACUUGUUGUGAUGUGUCAGAAAGUGGGUGACAAUGACAAGCCUUUUUUGAUGCCUCGACCUUCUUUGGAACGACCCAGCUUUUUGUCCGGUUUAGAACCCAAUGCCAGCGUAUUCAGAAUGCCAGAGUUGCAAUCGAAACAGAUGCCUUUCGGAGUUGCUCCUACAAACCCGAUAUCUGGUAUAGGAAACAUUUUCGGUAAUAAUCUGCCUUCAUCGUUGCUAUAUCAGCAGAAUCCUUACAAUGCUUAUGGAGGCAAUCCUUUAUUGGGUGAUAAUCGUUGGCCCGCUUCUAAUAUGAAUGCUGCCGCUACUUCACAGCCUUCAUGGCUGAAUACGAACUCCAAUGAUCUGUUUACAGGGGCCGCUACUAACAAUCUAUUAAGCGGACCAUCACCUUUCGCUGCACAGCAGCUAACAGUUAAUCCGAUGUUUGGGCCUGCCAUGAACACUUCUAAUUUGUUUGACUAUCCAAAUUCAAUUAACGCUAUGCAGCAGCAAUCAAAUGUUAUGAGUCAGUAUCAAACACAACCACAGCAACUACAGCAGACACAACAAGCUCCUGUCCAAGAACAACCCGAACUUUUACAAGGAAAGCCAUCAGAGCAAGAUAGAUUGGUACAGGAAACUACUUCAUGGAUUGAAGGGGCCUCAACCAUAACACAACCUCACUCUCAAUAUCAACAGAGUCCAUUACAGCAGCACAUUCUGAAAAAUACUCCGUCUGGAGAUAAUGUUGCAACCGAUCAGAGUAGUAAUGAUUCACCUAAUUUGAAAAAAACAGAACCUUCCUUUGGUGGCUGGAGCUCUAUUCCAGGCACACCGGUCAAUGAACGGUCUAUAAAUUCCUGGGGUUCUAUUGUACCUGCAGCUGUUCCCAGCAAAGUGUCUGAAGAAUUACAGUCAAAAGCACCUGGUGCUCAGUCGCCUCGCACUACGCCUUCCUCACCUAAUAAGAAGCCUGCUGAAAAGCCUACUAAAGCAAUAAAAACGAUAGUUGAAUCGUUCGCUGAUAUUCAGUUAGAAGAACAAAGAAAGGCAGAUGCUAUCGCUGCUACCGCUGCCUCUCGUGGUGCUGAUGUUGAUGCUAGUGUGGCUGAUACUACUUCCACUGCCGCUCCUACCGGUUCUACUAAAUCUAGUUCAAAGUCAACAAAGGAAAACGAAUCAGUUGUUACAACAGCACCAACAUUCAUCGAUAAAAAGCCUACCGCAAUACCGGCGCCCGUACAGAAACCUAUUGUAUCUUUACGCGAGAUUCAAGAGGAAGAAAUGAGACUUGCAAAAGAAAGAAAAGCCAAGCAAGCUAAACAACAAAAUUCUGCUGUAUCUUCACCCGCUUGGGCUGCUUCAAAUAAUACACCUGUUGCUUCAACUUCGACAUCUGGCUGGGCUCAACCAGCUGCUCAAAAGCCUUUAUCACUCCGUGAAAUUCAAGAAAUGGAAGCUAAAAAAGCCGCGGAAAGCAAGAAAUCAUCAACUGUGUCUGCCGCUCAAUAUCUGGCUCAUCAAGAACAGGCCGCCAAUGCCACACCUAGUAUUUUAUCUUGGGGGGUUGUAGUGCCUAAUAGUAAAUCGACUACUCUCAAUACUACCUCUACUCAAUCUAACGCUACUGCUAUUGCCAACAAUAAUACAUCUGCAUCUGCAUCUGCACCAUGGUCUGCACCUUCUGGUCCAAAAAAGACACUAAGAGAAAUUCAACAGGAAGAAGAGUUAGCAUUGAAGAAAAAGAAUGCCAAAGCUUCCAAGACUUCAGCAGCAGCAAUUGCCACUGCUGCAUCUGCGAACUAUGCUUCCAGUACGAAAACCUAUGCUGUUCCAUCAGCGGCUCCUGAUGGUGAAUGGACCACUGUCACCAGUUCCCGUGCUUCUAAGCCUGCUCCUGCCCCUCAACCUGUGACUGCAACACCUGUUAAGCAACCCACUACCAUUAAACCCCUUGUUCGCCCUGCUGUAGCUGCUCCCAAACCUAGUGGUCCAAGUGAUGAGUUCCGUCGCUGGUGCAGUAAAACUUUACGUGGUAGCUUGAACUCUGGUGUUAAUCGUGAUGAUAUAAUUAACAUGUUGUUGUCUUUCCCUGUGGAGAACAGCACGGUAGAAAUUAUCGAAGAUGUCAUUUAUGCCAAUUCUGUUUCUCUAGACAGUAAGGGUUUCGCUAGGGAAUUCAUGAAGCGUAGAAAGGCUGAUAUGGCAGGUCAUAUGGAAAUUGUCACAGCUGGUAUGGAUGGUUUCUAUGACGACGAUGAUGAAUUCAAGGUGGUGGUGACAAAGAAAAAUAAGAAGAAAUCGACAGCUUAA